GGUUCCCGGAGUGCAUUGCAAUGGCAAUGGCUGCCCCUGGCAGGUGUGGGGCCGGGCUUGUUCGAGCCGGGUUAGGAGUCUGGCAGCUGGGUCCCCACGCGUUGAGGGAAUGGGUGGCCCCGCCUCGAUCACUCUCCGGCUGUCAAAGGAGGUGCGUGUCCUGUGUGAGGGCUGCCACUUUCUCUAGUCCCGGCUUGGCCUCAGUCUCUCGCCAAUAUGGCCAGGGCUCAGCUAUGGACCACUUCGUCGGAGUCUCUCAGCCCGAGAGUUCGCUGACUUCAUGUGCUCCCGCGGUGUCCAUGUAUAGAGAUGAGCAGAAUCUCCUCUUGCGUCAUCCCCCUGAUAUGCCUGAGAAUUCCCGGGUUCUACGAGUGGUCCUCCUGGGAGCACCCAAUGCAGGGAAGUCAACACUCUCUAACCAGCUGCUGGGCCGAAAAGUGUUCCCUGUCUCCAAGAAGGUGCACACUACACGUUGCCAGGCUCUGGGUGUCAUCACAGAGAAGGAAUCUCAAGUGAUUCUACUUGACACCCCUGGAAUCAUCAGUCCUGUUAAACAGAAGAGGCACCAUCUGGAACUCUCUUUGUUGGAAGAUCCAUGGAAGAGCAUGGAAUCCGCUGAUCUUGUUAUAGUUCUUGUGGAUGUCUCAGACAAGUGGACUCGAAACCAGCUCAGCUCCCAGGUGCUCCAGUGCUUGACCCAUUUCUCCCAUGUCCCCAGCAUUCUUGUCUUGAACAAGGUAGAUUGCCUGAAGCAGAAGUCAGUUCUCCUGGAGCUCACAGCAGCUCUCACUGAAGGUGUGGUUAAUGGAAAGAAACUUAAUAGGAGGCAGGCCUUCCGCCCACAUCCUGACAUCCAUUGUCCUAGAUCAGCAGCCAAGGACCUAAACACACAGUCUGAGGAAAAUGCUCGGAGGAUUGGCUGGCCCCACUUCCAGGAGAUCUUCAUGUUGUCAGCUCUAAGCCAAGAAGAUGUGAAGACACUAAAGCAAUACCUCUUGGCACAGGCCCAACCAGGGCCCUGGGUGUUCCAUAGUGGAGUCCUUACUAGCCAGACACCUGAAGAGAUCUGUGCCAACAUAAUCCGAGAGAAACUCCUAGAGUACCUGCCCCAGGAGGUACCCUACAAUGUGCAACAGAAGACAGUGGUGUGGGAAGAAGGACCAAGUGGGGAGCUGAAAAUCCAUCAGAACCUUCUUGUACCCAAAGAAUCUCAUGUGAAGAUCCUGAUUGGUCAGAAGGGCUACCUUAUCUCCCAGAUUGCACAGGAGGUGGGCCGUGACCUAAUGGACAUCUUCCUCUGUGAUGUUCAGAUACACCUUUCUGUGAAGCUACUCAAGUGACAAUCCCUGCUGCCCUUUUCAGGGCAUCCCGACUGUAGCAGAAGUCACUAACCAGAACUGUCCCUGCUUAGGGGACCUUCAGGGCCUAAUGAGUGGUAUGAACACUGACUGGCUACUGGCUGGUUUCACUUUGCUGAGUCUGCAUAAUACCUGCCCAGCCAUGUCUCCUAUUAGAGGAAGGAACCUGUCUUGGUUCAGUUUCCAGUUCGUUACUUUCCCUAGGCUAAUAGCUGUGUUGGUCUCAGAAAUUGACCCUUGGUAGGAGCUGUGCCACCUUCCCCUCAGAGUCAUUGGGCCCAGAGUAAUGCCCUAGUUACCAGUUCUUAGCAGGGAAGAUAUCUCUUUUUCCCCCAAAUUCCUCCACCUUUAAAUCUUUUUUUUUUUUUUUUUUUUUUUAACUUUAUAUCAAACCCAGUGCCUCACACACAUCAGGCAAGCACUCUACCACUGAGCCAUAACCCUAGCCCACCCUGAAUCUUAUAAAGGCCUAUGUUUCCUGAGUAAGAUAGAGCCAUCCACCUGCUCUCCCAAGUUCUUAAUCCCUUCCACCCCAUUUCUUUGCCCAUUCUCAGAUACUAAUAAAAUUACAAGACAAUUGUUCUGGUU